CUGGCUAACGUUAAGCUAACGAGUCAAGGGUCUUUGGACAUUUCUCGACAACAUGCUCGCUCGUAUGUUAUUUAACGUCCUGAACAACCUCCAUGUUGUUGAGAAGUUGGCAGAGUCUCGACCGAUUCGCAGGGCGGCCCAGAUAACAGCCUACGCCAUCACCAAGGCUCAGAUAGCCGGCAGGGACGCCUCUGAGAGGGUGAUGCGGUCACAGACGCUGCGGCAGGUCCGGGACGAGGCCGGCAGAGUCCCUGGUGACCUGGGAGAGAUGGGCAGCCGCCUCAGACGAGUCAGAGAGACAUUUGUGAAAGAAGUGAAGGAGGGAUUAAAGGACGGAUCCAGACAGAUCAAAAAAUAGACUGGGAAUACACAGAUAGCACCUGGGUGGCCAGUUAUGACAACAUGUUUUUGUAAUUUAUUGAACGGCACAAUCUGUCUCAGUAAUUCACGACAACAGUGUGAUGGUUACCUGCAACAUGUUGGACGCUGACCAAGUUCACAAUCAGGAAUGCUGGUUGUUAAGUCGGAAAACACUAACCUGCAAUAGAUGGUCAGAUAAUUUAUGAUAAACUGUGGCUAAACAAAAUAAAUUCACUUCAUUCAUAUUUCUGAGAAUCCAUGGAAAUCUGGAGUGUUUAUUUUAUCUUUAAGUCCCAGUGGAAAAGUAGGAAUUGGCCAUAAAAGGGAGGUGGAUGUUUGAAUUAGUGUGCACUUU